AUGUUUACCAGAGCAGGAAUCAUUGUUCGAAGUCCAAGAGCUGUGAGACUACUGACUCAAACUGCCCUUCGAUGGCAACAAUCGUCACACAUCCACCACUUGAAGAAGCCGGAUGCGUUGCGAAGCUUUGGAACCGCAUCGGAGGGCAACAGUACCAGUGACACGGAUCAUUCGAUAGUCUUGUACGAACGAAAUCCUCAAGCCAAUCUGUCAACUCGGUUUGGUUUGGGAGUUUCUUAUUGUCACACAAUCUACUGGUGUUGGUACGCUCUUGAUUUUGUACCUACUGUCAACGCUUCUCCCAUCACCGAACUUCACAUCCACCCUCUUUGGGGGAAAACAAUGGUGGCUGUGGCUUUAGCAGUCAAUAUCGCUGCUGCAGCGUAUGUAUCGAGGACGGCUUCCAAGAUUGUCUGGAUCAGAGACUCUCACGACCCGACACCCCUGCAUGUCUAUUAUCACACCCUUCCAUUCAUGUUCCCAUCUUCGCAACCCACCAAGUACGGAGUGGGCGAAGUCUCCAUGAAUCCAGUGUCACAAGAAGUCAAUGAUUUGAAAAAUGCUUUAUUGGCAAACUUGGAGGCAACUACUAAUACUCCACAAGACAUAAAAUGGAAUGUACCUUUGGAAUCCGACAAUGCACAAUUUAGAAAACUACCGUUGGCUGUUUAUUUGACGAGCAUAAAUGACAUCAAAGAUCCAAAAUCAUUUCUGGACGUGUUAUUGUUUGCCAAUGCACCCCAAUUGAAACCGAAGAAAAAGAAGGAGCAGUCAAGAGCAGGAACCAAGUCCAAGAAACGCUCCAAGCGAUGA